AUGGGAGCGAAAAUCCCGCGCAACUUUCGACUCCUGGAGGAAUUGGAGAAGGGCGAGAAAGGUUUAGGCGCAGAGGCGUGCUCAUAUGGUCUCGCUGACGGUGAUGACAACACUUUGACCAACUGGAAUGGUACCAUUCUAGGACCUCCGCAUAGUGCGCAUGAAAACCGAAUCUACAGCGUCAACAUCCACUGUGGCGAUAGCUACCCUGACACCCCACCGACCAUUCAGUUUGUUUCGCGAAUCAACCUGCCCUGCGUCGAUCCAAAGAGUGGAAAGGUGGAUCCAUCGAGACUACCCUGUCUUGCCAAUUGGAAGCGAGACUACACAAUGGAGACAAUCCUAAUCGAGCUGCGACGGUAUAUGGCUCUCCCACAGCAUAAAAAGUUGCCACAACCCCAAGAAGGCACGACUUUCUAA